CAUACACGUCGUUUGAACCGUAAAACAUAUGGCAGCCGUGAUCAGUCCUCCUUUCCAACAGUGCAUCCAUGCUUUUAGUUCUUAAUCAUCGCUGAAGAUGUCGUCUUCCGCAUUCCAAAAGAAGAAAACGGACCUGGGCGCUGGCCUUAAAGUGUCGAAGCAGAAUAUCGAGAAUCAUCCUGCGGGGCCCCCGAGACAUGGAGAGCUAUCACAGGCGGAGCGGGCGUUUACGUUGGCUUCGACAUUUUUGUCUGGGGUUUUGGCCAUAAGCGCAUCACAGUUCAUCGGCGCGCCGCUCAAAUUCAUCGACCCAGUCUUCUAUGAGGGAUAUAUGGCGUAUACGAAAGAAUGUUUUGCCAUCCUGAUCACGUGUUUGACGCAGUGGUGGGCUCCGACGGUGGUAAGAGUGAGCGGGGACUCGAGUAUGUUGGGCCAGCUUAUUAAGAAGAAGGAUGGGAGUUUGGAGUGCAGAUUUGCGGAUCGUAUGGUGCUGAUGGCGAAUCAUCAACUAUACACUGACUGGUUAUAUCUCUGGUGGAUUGCCUAUACAAACGGCAUGCAUGGCUUCAUCUAUAUCAUCCUAAAAGAAUCUUUAAAGAAUAUCCCAAUCAUCGGAUGGGGAGCACAAUUUUACAACUUCAUUUUCCUCUCCCGGAAAUGGGAAGAAGACCAACGUACAUUCAAGAAACAUCUAGAGCAGCUAAACAAACCUAACGACCCAAUGUGGCUCAUUAUUUUCCCAGAAGGAACGAAUCUUUCAGAGUCGACGAGGGAGAAAAGUAAGAAGUGGGCGGAGAAGAACGGGCUGAAGGAUAUGAAACAUCAACUUCUCCCCAGAAGUACUGGGCUGAGGUUUUGUCUGCAAGAGUUAAAGGAAACGACGAAGUGGCUAUAUGAUUGCACUAUUGCGUAUGAGGGCGUGCCUCCCGGUCAGUUUGGUCAAGACAUCUUCACGCUGCGAUCUUCGUUCUUCGAAGGACGGCCUCCAAAGUCUGUCAACAUGCAUUGGCGUCGCUUCCAUAUCGAUUCCAUCCCCAUCAACAACAGCAAAGCAUUCGAAGUAUGGCUGAGGAACCGAUGGCGAGAGAAAGACUAUAUGCUUGAGUACUUCAACCGUAACAACCGCUUUCCCGCAGACAAUUUCUGGAAAGAUCACCUCGACAUGGAAGACAGUAGCUCACAAAGCCAGAGUAUUAGAAGUGUUCCCAGGCCCGCAAUCACGAUCGAAACGGAAGUUAAGUCUGGAAGUUGGAACGAGUUCGUUAAAAUCUUCGCUCCUAUUACUAGCGUUAUGAUGGCUUUAACCGUCGCAUACGGCGCUUCACCAAACGAUCUGAUUCCAGGAGGAACCCAGUUUUUCGAACAACACAUGAAGGCGAUCCUCGGUGGUGGUGAACUGAAAGGUCUACCGAGCCCCGAUGAACUCGAAAAGCUAAUUGAAGGGGCUGCGAGAAUGGGUGCGGAACAAACAACUAGUCCACGAGAGUUUGGAAAAGUGCAGAAAUUGACGCAAGCGAAUCUGGCCAAAUUAGUCAAGGAAACGGCGAUUAAGAAUGGUAUGGUGGUUCCGGGUGGCACGAGGAGAGCGAGUACUGCGCUGCCCGGUCCACCGCCCAGAGUCGCCGGUGUCCAGUCGAGGCCUGCGGUCCCAAAGACGAAAAGUGAGGUUAACUUGCCGAUUGCGAUGAAGAAGCCUACUUCUCCAAUCACAACCGCAAAGAGCAUUCCCAAACCCAAGCUGCCGCCCACGGGACCAAUGGAGGCAGUGAUGACGAAGUCCGGAGUCAUGAUUAAGGUCCCGAAACCUGAAGUCGAAGAAGCGAAGAAGACAGGAUCUGUUGUGCUAAAGAAUGGCAUGGUUAUUAAAGUGGGAAAGGGUGAGAUCGAGGAGGCGCAGAAGAAGAAAGGGGCUACAAUCAUGACGGCUUCCGGUGUCCCGAUUAAGAUUACACGAAGUGGGGGCAUUACUGUUGGGCAGAAGGCGGGUCCGACAGACACGGUGAAGAGAUCUUCUCUGCCAGAUGCGAGACCUUUACCGAAGGAUACUCCAAAAGCGAACCCAAUACCGCAGAAACCAAAGGUUGCUCAGAAGGGUCCGUUACACCGGACUGGUCCAUCUCAGGGGGAUUCAGAGAAAGCACUUAUAGCAAACGGGAUUGGAAAGAAGCUAGUCAGUACGGCGGGGAAGACUCAAGUACCGAGACCAAUCAUGAAGAAAUCGGUUGCAUGAUACGGCUCAGGUUGGAAAACGCAUUAAUAGUCUUCAAUUUUCCGUGUCGAGUUCAGCUCUAAAGGCGUUUAGGGGAAAUCCUGGAAAUAUGGUUAUUUGGGCUUACACUUGUAUCCCACGGAGUGGGAUAUGAAGCAACCGUUUCUAAGUUUCUUUGGAGCGCCAAAAUAAAGGACGUCGAUACCUCGAUAGC